AUGAAGCCAGGAAACGAUGACUUUUUCAAGAAGAUUGAGGUCUUCAAUAAAAUCGCUGGAGUUUGGUUGGAGCCAGAAACCUCUUCCAAGAUGAAACGGAUGGUACACAUCAUCUACAAUACCUUUCUGUUUCUGUGUAGUCUGUUUUUCUUCGUAUGCGAGAUACUUGUGCUGAGCCAUAUCAUGCAGGAACUGACGGUAUUAGUCGACCAUAUUACAAUGAUCUUCAACCACAUGAUAAGUUUUUUGGAGUUCUACGUUCUGAUUACCAACCAACCGAAAAUAGCUGAACUCAAAAAGAUACUUCAAGACAAAAGAUUUUCAUACGAAGACUGCCCCAUCUCAGGAAGUUUACUAAAUAAGUCAAAAUCCUUCUAUCAACGGGUAGCGAUCAUAAGCUACAUUCUGUAUUGGAUGGUGGGUACUUCAGCUCAUAUGUCGGCUCUAAAGGCUCUAAACGCAAACGCUCCAGGGAUUUAUUUUGAGCAAAAUUUCACUUGUUAUGAGUUUGUACCUCACCUUUUCUUGAUUCCUUUUGAGACGGAUACAACCAGGCAUUGUAAAAAUGCGCUCAUUGGUAUGGAUUUUGGGCUGUGGAUUAUUGCUGGAUAUCUUGCAACUCAUGAUACAACCCUUUACUCAUUUGUAAGCUGUGUCAGGGCUAAAAUAGAAAUUCUGAGUGAAGUUACAAGAACUAUGCGAGAACGGAUAGUUCGAAAAAUGAACCUUCCAGAUGGUUUUGAACUUCUCUCUGAUGAAGAUAUUCCUGAGUUUGAGGAACAAAUGUACUUUGAAAUUAAGAGGUGCAAUCAAGAUCUCGUGAUAUUGCUGAGGUAA